UUUCUAGUCAAAAUACAAGACUAAUUCAAUUUUCAUUUUCAAAGUUGGCCUAUUUGGCCAUAUGUAUAGUCGUUUCCACAUUGUCCACCAAAAUUCAGUUAAUUUGACCCUUUUUAUAAAACCAUAGUUAUACAUCAUACAUGAUAUAAAUUCCCAAUUUCCUAAGCCUGAUUUAAAUUACUUCUCAGUUUCCUUUUUCUUGGAAUAAAUUUGAAAAUUAUUGCUCUGUUUUUCUUGCUCUCCAAACUUUUCGCAAAUUUCAACACAUAUAAAGCCCCCUUAUUAUUACUUUUUUCUGUACUUGAUUUGAGUUCAAACAAUUUUUUAUAUGGGUUUUGCUGGAAUUCUCACAAUUUUUUCAAUCUGGGUUGUGCUUUGGAUUUUAUAAAAUUCAAAAAUUCCUUUCUGGGUUUUAUUCUUCUCUUCAAAAUCUCAUCUGGGUUAAUCUUAUUUUGCGUUAAUAUUGUGUAUUUUACUAGAAUUGAUUGAUUAUAAAUUUAUUACAAGCUAAAAAGUGUCAAAAAAUGGGGAAUAUGGAUGGAGCGUCACCAGUUUCAAUGAAUGAUGCAACUGCAAAUGCGGCCGCUUCAAUAUCAACACAAAUUAUGAUAGCAACUGUUGUAGUCCUCUUCUUUGUAAUAGCCUUUUGUUUCUUCCUUCAUAUGUAUGUUAAAUGUUUUUGGGUACGUAAUAAUAGCGAGGACCCUAACGUGGUGUCAUGGCGCCGCCAAUUAGCCGGUCAGCGCCGUGCUGCAGCCGUCCCUGCGCAUCGCCGAGGUUUAGACCCUGCCGCGCUAAAGUCGUUGCCCGUUGUGGUGUAUAAUCCUAAAGACUUUAAGGGUGGAUUAGAAUGUGCUGUUUGUUUGAGUGAAGUGUCAGAAGGGGAGAAAGCUAGGCUUUUGCCCAAGUGUAAUCAUGGGUUUCAUGUUGAGUGUAUUGAUAUGUGGUUUCAUUCUCAUUCAACAUGUCCACUUUGUAGGGAUCCUGUGAUCUCUACUACUAGUAAUUCGUCGUACGAUGAUGCUAAUCAUGUUCUUGAGGUUCAAGAUGAUGAUGCUUCGUAUUCAUCGGAUUCAAAUUCGGGUUCUGAUGAUGGGACUUAUGAUACUCCAAGGGCAGCAGAUGCACCUAAUUUUCCUACAAAUGUUCUGUUUUGGGGUGAUGAAACUCGAGUUGGCGCCUUUGGACAAGCUGCAAAUGCUGCUGCCUCUUCAUCAGCAUCUUCUUCUGGUGUCAGUACUAGGCCAAGAAUGGAUGAGAUGGUGAUUGAUAUACCAAGUCGCGAGUUUUGUGAGGAUUGCUUGUCCGAGGCGAAAACUCCGGUGAUGACGAGGUUGAGAUCGUUGAGGAGGUUGUUAAGCAUGGGACAGGGGAAUAAGGUGGCUCCCUCAAAUUGUGAAGUUGAUCAGCAAGCUUAAACCACAAAUAUUGAAGUUUGUUGAUUGCAAUUUGAUCAUGUAUAGAUUUUUAUUUACCAAUUUUAACAAAUUUAUUUACUUCGUAUAGAAGAUGGGUGAUUGGUGGUUUUCUUAAAUAAAAGAUGAAAAACCCCACACCCUCAUAGAGUCAUAGGGUUCUUAAGUAUUUCUUACAAUGAUUUAUUCUUUUGUUAAACGUAAUACCACUUAGAUUACAAGCUAGAUGUUAUAAUGUUCGUAGGAAUACAUUGUGUACUUUAUGCAAGAGUCCAUAAUUCGGUCUCUUGAGAAUUAAGAUUAUUAUCUUCUUAUAUUCAACAUUGUAACUAUGUAUGAAAUAGUUUGUGCUUUUCUUA